AUGAAGAAUUGCAAAUCAGUUGCUACUCCCUUGAUUGUGAAUAAAAAGUUGUCAAAGGAAGAUGGAAGAAAAGAAGUUGAAGCAUUUUGUUAUAGAAGUUUGGUUGGAAGUUUGUUGUACUUAACUGCUACAAGACCGGACAUCAUGUAUGCUACAAGUUUAUUGUCUCAGUUCAUGCACAGUCUAAGCCAAAUUCAUUUUGGGGUUGCAAAAAUAAUGUUGAGAUACAUUCAAGGUACACUUGAUUAUGGAAUUUUUUAUGAGAAAUUUCUUGAUGCAAAGUUACUUGGAUUUUGUGAUAGUGAUUGGGGCGGAUGUGUUGAUGAUAUGAAAAGCACUUCUGGGUAUGCAUUUUCUCUUAGAUCGAGCAUAAUUUCAUGGUCAUCCAAGAAACAACAAACUGUGGCACAAUCAUCUGCUGAAACCGAAUAUAUUUCAGCAUCAUUGGCAAACUACACAAGCAAUUUGGCUAAGAAGAAUUUUGGAUGA